CGGACCCUCGGUGUAGUGGCUUCCGGGAUGGCGACGGGAACAUUAUGGCUGAAGGCUUGGGGUGUAGAUACUACCUCUCGUGCUUUAACUUCAUCAUCAAUCGCGACCCCAUGGCCUGUGCUGGAGACACCAUGUUCAACCCCGACUCCGGAAGGUGUGAUGCGCAGGAAUGCACCGACAAUGGCGGUGUAUCUAAUUAUGACUGUGAAGAGGGUGCUCUACCAAAUGAUUGUUCCCGUCUCAACAUCUGUUUCAACACGCCCAAUGGCACCACCAUCUUCCAGUGUGGCGAGGACACCUACUACCACAACGUAAAGCGCGUGUGCGUCAAACCUGACGAGUAUCCGGACCUGCCACAAGAACAGGGAUGUACCUUCAACCCCCGUUAACCGCAGCCACAACUUCAGCAUCUACGUCCACAACAGCUACAUCAUCUACGUCCACAACAGCUACAGCAUCUACCGUGCAAGCAACUAUCUUUUUGCCUUUGACAAGUGUUUACAACAUAGGUGGGUGGAGUUGGGGGAUUCAGUAUUUAUGAUGUUCUUUAGACAAAUGUAGAGAUAACAUUUUCAUAAAAACAUUGAACUAUUGGUACAAAUGAGCAAUAAAAUGUGAAACAGGCA